GAGUGGAAUACAUCUCCAAAUACCCAUCAGUUUGUUUCAAUGUCAUUCAUCUCAUUAGCCUUUUGCUAUAUAGAUUAUGAAAGAAAUAAGAUUUAAUUUUUUAUAAACAAAUCUAAAUACAAUCUAAUAACUUUAUUUAGUGUCUUGGUUUAUUACACUUAAUUAAAGGCUAUAAAAAAUGAUUAUCACAAUUAUCUUAUCAUUAUCAUUCGUACUUUCUUGGUACGUGAUAAAGCGAUUUUACAAAACAAAACAUAAUUAUUGGAAUUUAAAAGGGAUCCCUUAUUUAACCCCCUCAUUUCCAUUUGGAAACUUUCAAAAUCCGCUAAAAUUAAAAAAAUCAAGUCAUCUUCACCUUCAAGAUAUUUACAAUCAAUUAAAAUUAAAAGGUGCUAAAAUUGGGGGAAUGUACGUCGGAACAAUGCCGUCGUUACUUCUAAUCGAUCCAAAUAUCAUUAAAAAAGUGUGCGUUCAAGAUUUCCAAUAUUUUAUGGACCGCGGCGUUCAUUGUGACGAAAUUAACGAACCUUUAUCGGCGCAUUUAUUCGCAUUAUCCGGGCAAAAGUGGAAAAAUUUAAGAGUCAAAUUAACCCCCACUUUUACAACGGGAAAAAUGAAGAUAAUGUUCGAUAUUUUAAUGGAAUGCGCUAAAGUUAUGGUCCAAAAAAUGAACGAUGAAACAAAAAUUAAUAGCGAUUUGGAUAUAAAGGAAAUCGUGGCUUGUUUCACAACCGAUGUUAUAGCUUCCGCCGCUUUCGGAAUUGAAUCGAAUAGUUUCGACGAAAACUCCCAAUUCCGUUUUUAUGGAAGAAAAUUAUUUGUGAACACCCCCGCGAGGCUUUUUCGAGUAUUUUUCUUACAGUUUUAUCCCAAUUUUGCAAAGAAACUGGGUUUAACUGUUUUUGAAAAAGACAUAAACGAUUUUUUUAUGAAAAGUGUUAAGGAUAUGAUUGAAUACAGAGAAUCCACCAAUUUUAGACGAAACGAUUUCUUUCAAAUCUUAUUAGACUUAAAAAAUAGUAAAGAUAAAGAUCAAAAUUUAAGCGUGAACGAAUUAGCCGCACAAGCUUUCGUCUUUUUCACCGCUGGAUUUGAAACUAGCUCAACUACAAUGCAAUUUGCGCUUUACGAGCUUUCUAAACAUCCGGAAAUCCAACAAAAAGCUCGCGAAGAAGUUUUAAAUGUUUUACAAAAAUCUAACGGGGAGAUUAAUUAUGAGAUUUUAGCCGAAAUGAAGUACUUAACACAAAUUAUUGAGGAAACUCUUCGUAAAUAUCCACCACUUCCUUUUUUAAAUAGAAAAUGUUUAAAAGAAUAUUUCGUUCCUGAAUGCAAUGUAACUUUAGAUGAAGGCACAAGAAUUAUGAUUUCGCUUUUCGGCCUUCAUUAUGAUGAGGAAUAUUUCCCAAAUGCGAACGAGUUUAAUCCGGAACGUUUCAACGAAAUAAAUAAACCUAAAAUACCUCCGUUUGCUUAUUUACCAUUUGGGGAUGGUCCUCGAGUUUGUAUUGGGCUUAGAUUUGGAAUGAUGCAAUCGAAACUUGGGUUGGCGUUAAUUUUGAAAAACUUUCGGUUUACGCUGAGUGAAAAAACGAUUGAACCACUUGGGUUUCAUAAGAAUAACUUUUUGUUAUCGCCUGAACAUACUAUUUAUUUAAAUGUUCUGAAAUUAUAAGUAUAAAUAUAACUUAUUACAACAAAUUAAUUUUCUUAUUAUCCAAGUGUUUCCGAUCUUGGGGAUUCUUGGAUUAAUACUCUGUCCGCUGUGUUUAUGUUCAAUUUCCUCGGGUUAUUUACCUAUUAAAUCGAUUUGUUCUGUUUAUCCUGCUUAAGUUAAUUUUUUUAUAGCCGCAUAGGGUUAUAAUUCCGGAUCUUGGUGUGGAAAAACAAAUUUAAGUGAUGUUAUUAUAAAGAUAACAAAUCGUGGAAUCACUGCAACGCAACAAUAAAAGAAGAAAUAUAGAAAAAUGGGGUGAACCGACGUGAAAUAAGAAAACCAAGAAGAUUUUUAUGGUUAUGAUUAUCUAGAUUUGUGAGUUAUUAUUAAUAAUUUUUUAAUACAACCAAUUUCUAAAUACUAACAAAAUCGAUGACAACCUAUAAUUUCUUCAUCAUCAAUCCAUUAUUAGCUCUAAUUUUACUCCAUCAACUAAAUUACACCCAUCACAAUCAAAAUAAUCAUCCACCUAUCCAACCUUACUCCACAACGAAUUGAAAUACGCGAUAAGAAUGUCUAAUUUUUCUGAAAACUGCAUAAUUUGUGCAUUUGCCCCACUUUGGCGAUACAACACAUUCAUAGGAUAUUGUUGUUUAGAUAUAAAGUGCGAUCACAAAUCAACACCCUCAAAGUGCAUAAUAAAAAUUUCAAAAAUAAAAAUGUUCGUGUCUUCUUGUUACUGUUUAACAUUUUUUUUGGAUACAUCUUAUCAACUUUACAAUAAAUUAUACGACCAAGAAAAUAUAACGACCAUCGAAAUCACCUAUUUAGUUUCAGACACUUUACUCGCAAUGUCGAUAUUCUCAAGUUUUUUUAGUUUAAUUUAUAUAAAAAGAAGAUACGAAAGUUUUGUGGGUUUGGUCGCGUUGAUUAAUGCAAGAGAAAUUUACGGGAUAAAAACCAUUUUUAAUCGAAAAACGAUAACAAAAUUAAGAGCAACGAGUCGAAUUUAUGUUUUUUUACAAAUCGGGAUUUCCCUGAUUUAUGGAACAUUUUUAUGCCGAAGAAUAAUCACCGUAGCGUCCGCUUACAAUUAUUUGGGUAUCGCUUUUUAUUGCGCAUUUGAGUUCCAUAUCUAUACCCUGUUUUUCAAAAAGAUCAAUGAAUCGAUUAAUAAAAUCGUUAAACGCAAGAUUUUGCUUAAUCAAAAAUACGAAUUUAAAGAAAAAUCCGAUAAAUUCUGGAAAAAUUUGAAAGAUUUAGGAAGAUAUCAAAGCGGGGUUUAUUUCAAUUUAAAAAAAUAUAAUUUAUUUAUAAACGCCAUGCUUGGUUGUGGGAUUACCAACGCACUUUGUAUACUUGUUACAACCGGAUAUAUUAUAAUCAAUGGGUUGUAUGGAAAUAUUAUGGUGGAGAAUAACAAGGAUUUUUAUGCGAUGAUAUAUUUGCUUAUCGUUGCUGUUUUUGGGUUUAGUAAUGGAAUUAUUAAUGCUGAAAAAUUAACUAACAGUGUAAAAUAUAAUUAGAAAAAUAAAUUAAUGUAUUAAUUUAAUCCCUUUUUAGAAUGAAAAGAUAUUAUCUCAAUUAACAAGAUAUCCGAUAAGUGAAUUAUCUCUCAUUGAAGGAAUUCAAGUAUUGAAUUAGAAAAAUUUAAGAAUCAUCAUGUGGUUUAAAAUCAACGAUUUUUUUAAUCAAUGUA